AUGGGGAUCCCCUGCGACAGCCUCAAGGUUGUGCAGAGCGCCCUGAAGGCCAAACCAGCGGGGCGCAGUUGCAACGCUGCUAUUAUCAAGUGCACAGCACGAGCAGCAGUCUACAAAAAACACAAGGGCAUGUUCCAGACUGUGGAGAAGGAUAUAAAAAGGGAAGGAAAACAUUUGGCAGAGCUGCUGUUCAAGAAGAAGCUACACCUCAUAAAUGAAAAGGACAUUAGCAAAAUUUUGAAGAAGGUGAUAAAGGGAAAGAUUAAAAAUGAACUCGUGUGGGAUGAUCUGCAGAGACUGAUCUUUUGCUGCAAUGUGGGGUGUGCAGGUGGGGGAGGUCCACUUGAGGACCCAUCUGAGGGAAGGUCGAUGGACCAACUUGCCCAGACAUCUCCUCCUCCCCCCAGCACGAUUCACGACGCGAGGAUGGGCAACAGCACAAUGAACGACACGAGGAUGGGCCACACGACACCAUACAACCGCCACUUUGACCACGUGAACGCCUACCUCCUAUCAAUCGCUGUGCAAAAGUUAAACAAAAGGAGCGCCUCCCUCCUCAGCUUCCUCUUCUCCUACCUACGAGACUCCUACCGCAGCAUGGAGCCUCGACAUUUCGUGCAAAUAUUUCUCGUGCUGGUGAAGCACACGUUCCGAGACGUGUCCCUACUGCACGGGGUUGGCCCACCCCUCCACUGGGCACAAAUGGUCCGAUCGGAGAAGAACCUCCUGCACGUAUUAAGUUUACACUGUGCAGAAAAUAUAAAUCUGUUUAGUAUAAAUGACGUAGCCAUGACAUGUGAAGCCCUUUGCUUUUUUACGUCGAGAGACAAUCCCUUUAUCCCCUUCUGGAAUGACGUCCUGUGCCACGUCCUAGGAGUGCCAUCUCGGAGGAGCCAAGGGGGAAACACAUUCAUGCAUUCAGGCGAUCCCCUCGUAAGGGACGAGGAGCAGAAGGAGAAGAAGCGGUUAUCGCCCUACGUCAGGAGGAUAAUACAAAGGAGAGGACGCCACCUUGGUGAGGUGAAGAAGCAAACGAAUGGAACACGUGAAAAAAUACCAGCAUUGUAUUUCGAACUAAGUGGUAGAAAUAUGCUCAGCAUAGUGAAGUACAUAUGUCUUUAUGGGUCCGUCCACAGGGAAGUUCUGAACCCUCUGGCGAAAAAAGCAAAAAAAAUAUUUUUCGAAUUGCCCUUGGACACAACAUUACAUGAGUGUGUAGAAAUUCUUUCCCUCUUUAAUAGCAUACACGAGUUAGGGGAUGUGAAGGCCGAGUUGAGGGAGAGGAUAAACUUGUAUGAACGUCAGUUUGGAGGAGCCCUCGUGGUGACGCAGUACGAUGUGAAGUGUCUGGUGACAUUAGCACAACUCUGUUUAGAUGAGCUUCACUUUAUUCCAUUUGUCUCCAUUUUUAUGAACAGCGUACACAAGUGUUCGGGUGAGGAUGCCGCCCGCUUGGUGCGUCUGUUGCUGGUGAGUUGGGGCUCCCACACGGACACCCACACGGACGCCUGCACCGACACGUACACCCGCGUGAGGAGGGGGCUUCUCCCCACGCUUCUCCCCGCGCUGCUCCCCGCGUGCCCCGAAGUGAUAUCCCAGCUAACCUACACAGAAAUGCUGCUCCUCUGCGGAGCGCUCAAAAAUUAUACACUUCCCAAAGAAAGCAUUAUUAAGUGUGUAACAAACAGAAUCUGUGACGACUUGAAGAAGGUAGACCUACGAAGUAACCACCUACCCCCUUCCUAUAUCGACUACCUAUUCUUAAUUACCUUCUCGUUGUACAAGGGAGAAUUUUACGCUAAUACAAAUUUGCUACGCUUCUUAGUGCAGAUUCUAUUGAAGAAGAAGGAAGACAAGGUGUGGUUACACCAUCGCAGGUACCAUUAUGUCUUUUAUUUAUUAACUCUACAUCGAGGGGGGAGUCAAGGGGAUGCCUCCAUGUGGGUUGAAUACUUCAAUUGUGUGUGUGGGAAUCUGUCUCCUCGGUUGAGUGAGGAAACAUUGUACCAUGUCCUCUUAAUAUAUUUUCAUAUGGCUAAGCAGGGGGACUACCGCUCUUUGGUGCGGCACCUCGGGGGGAAGCGUCGUGAUGGAGCUUCUUCUCCAAGCAGCUACCUACCAGUCAGCCGCUCAUCAACGAGAUGUGCAAAGAAGAAAGCCCUAAUGCUCUUGUCCCCUUACGACUGCCGCUUCAUCUGCAACGAGAAGCAAAUAAAGGAGGAACUACUAAAGCUGUUUCUACAUCUAUGGGUAGCUUACCCAAUUAGAUCAGGCAGGAAAUCUCUCGACCUUCUAAUCGUUAUGAAUGCAUGUAACGAGGACGCACAUGUAAGGAGGUACCUAUUCAGUACGCACCUCUUGAAUAGAAUUAGUCGCUACGUCGCAUUGUUGAUUCAGAAGAAGAGUAGCCUGACGGUGCACCUGUGUGAAGACCCGGUGACGAAAGAACCCAUUCGUGUAAACCUGUCCUCGCUACGACACGCGUACAAUCGCAUGGUGAGCAGGUGGAGGGAUGCACAGAAGCUACAAACCACAAAGACGCAAGCGCAUAUUCAGCAACUGAACAAGGCUACUCGACACUACAUCCUAAACGACUACAAGCACAAGGAGAGUAUUGCUGUGCAGGGGGGGGAUGGCGCACCCCAGAAGGGCAGACCCGCUAAGUACCUUCGGAAUUGCAAAAGGGGGGAACCCGUGUUGGGUGCACUUGCGGCCUAUGGACACUAG